AUGGUCAUGGAAGCGUCAAUGAUUGUUGUGGACAAUUCCGAAUGGAUGCGUAAUGGCGAUUAUUCGCCUACUCGUCUUGUCGCACAGAAUGAAGCAGUGAAUAUCGUCUUUUCUUCAAAAACACAAUCCAAUCCGGAAAACACAGUGGGCCUCAUGACCAUGGCUGGCAAGAGCCCGGAGGUCCUAGUCACACUUACCACGGACGUUGGCAAAAUUCUGAGUGCUUUACAUGGUGUUAAGGCCGGUGGAAAAGCCGAUUUCCUGACCGGUGUACAGAUCGCACAACUUGCGUUGAAACACAGACAGAAUCGAAACCAACGUCAAAGAAUCAUCGUGUUUGUCGGUAGUCCUGUAGAAGCGGACGAGCGAACCUUGGUCAAACUAGCGAAAAAACUGAAAAAGAACAACGUGGCCAUUGAUGUCGUGAAUUUUGGGGAAGAAUCCGAAAACACAGCCAAGCUCGAAGCAUUUAUCAAUACCGUGAAUAACAGCAAUAACAGUCAUUUGGUCACGAUUCCUCCUGGACCUCAUCUCUUGAGUGACAUGCUCAUCUCUACUCCUAUCAUAGCUGGUGAAGAAGGUUCAUCGGGAAGCUUUGCUACCGGCGGAGGUGACUUUGAAUUUGGUAUCGAUCCUAAUCUUGAUCCUGAACUGGCAUUGGCGCUACGUAUUUCGCUUGAAGAAGAAAAGGCACGUCAGGAAGCAGAAGCAGCAAAGCGAGGAGAAGGCGAAAAGAAGGGAGAAUCAUCUGGUAAAGGCGACGACAGUAUGGCGAUAGACUCAAAACCCGCACCAUCCGAAGAUAUCAAUGCUGAAGACGCAGAAUUACAGGCCGCCUUGGCCAUGUCGAUGAGUCAGGCGCAAGAAGUCCAGGAGGAGGAUGUCAAUAUGGAAGAUUUAAGCGAGGAAGAUCAGCUUCAACGGGCCUUACAAAUGUCAAUGAACGAUAACAAUGGAGACAACGAAGAAAUGAUAUCCGCUGUGCUCGGCUCGUUACCUGGUGUGGAUGCCAAUGAUGCUCGUAUCCAAAAAGCAUUAGACGACAUGAAGAAGGAAAAGAAGGAUGACGAUAAGAAAUAA